AGGCUGUGAUCUUCGAGCAAAGUGCUAGCGACCUAGAAUGUUUGGAAGGUACACGAACCUGCAGCCUGACUUCAACAAGUUUCGUCGAAGCGUGCUUACGGCCUGUUUUCGAGCAGUUUUGUUCUACGUUUUCUUGAUAUUUCUCGUCUGCUGUGCCUGUGCUUUGCAUGCAGACCGGGCCAAGCUUGUUCCUUUCGUCAUCUUGGAGAGUGUGUUCUGCCCCCUCGCUCUUUCUAGUGCUCCACUGUUAUAUGGUGGCUUUCUCAAGAAAUAUCCUGGAAUCAAAUAUUCUCCAUUGCGAAUAUUACAAGAAAGGAAUGCUAUGCAUAUGCUAGGGGUGAGGGAAGACAAAGAGGCCGCAAGGCUGUACGAUUCUUUGCCAUUCUCUCCUUUCGCCCCAAGCGCCAUAAAUCAUGCGAACAUGUUAUACAUUUAUCCGGCAAUCUUGACUGGAUUCUGGAUAUACAGCGAUUCAGCUUCGCUCGGGCUUGAGGCUACCUUUCCAGAUCUCGUUCCACAGAGAAACUUGUUCAUCGAUGCUGUACUGGAGGAAGAAAGUGCAAAGCAGGCUGUGAUACUCGGCGCCGGAUUCGAUGUGAGGGCGUACGGCAAGCAUGGUAGGAGGAUGAAGUUCUUUGAGGUUGACUUUAACGUGACGCAACGAGCAAAGCUGGACUCGCUGGCUGCGGCUGGGAUGGACGCGUCAGGUGUUUCGUUUGUACCGCUCGAUGUCCGCGAUGAGCAAUGGCUGCAAAAGUUAGAGAAGGGAUUGAUCUACUAUCUCCCAAAAAACAAGGUCACCCAGCUUUUGGACUUUGUGUCGGAGUGUGCGCAAGGCUCGGUGGUUGUCUUCGAUUACUUGCACACCCAAGUUGUGAGGGGUGAAAAGCACUCGUACAUGAAGAAGAUCCUCGAAAUGGCAGGAGAACCGCUACUUUUCGGUCGAGCUGUUUGUAUCGUAUCUUUGAAUGAUUUCUUGUUUCAGGACUGGGCUUCUGGACUUGGCUUCGAGGUCAAGAGGUGGCAGAGCUUGCCUACAGUCGGCGGAAUGGUUGCUCUCGAGGUUGUCCAGCGAAGAAAGGCAACAACAAGAAUAGAAAAGGGAACGAAGAAAGGGCAGCAACGGGAUAAUGAGGCAAGAAGCCAGAUCAAGGUCUAUCAUCCUAUGCCGGAAGGGUUGUAA